AAUACGAACAGUAUAAUAUUUGACCCCUUUACUAAUACUUUUUUACAUAGUACCAAAAUUUUCACUCCCUCCGUUUAUAAUUUUUCCUUUUUCCUCAUCGAAACGAUUUUUCCUCCGGAAAGAGAAACGUUUCGACGGUUCGAUAAUUUAAUACAGUUAAAGCUAAUACGAUUACGGAGAGGAUAGAGAUGGUAACGUCACCGGCGGUGAACACAUAUCCAUUGUCGAGCUACACCUUCGGCACCAAAGAGCCGAAUAUGGAGAAGGACACAUCCGUCGCGGAUCGCCUUGCUCGCAUGAAAGUCAAUUAUAUGAAAGAGGGUAUGAGGACAAGUGUUGAGGCGAUUUUACUGGUCCAAGAACAUAAUCAUCCUCACAUUCUUCUUCUGCAAAUUGGGAACACAUUCUGCAAACUUCCUGGUGGACGCUUGAAGCCUGGAGAGAAUGAGAUUGAAGGUUUGAAAAGGAAGCUGACCAGCAAACUUGGAGCUAAUUCACCUGCUCUUGUGCCAGAUUGGCAGAUUGGUGAGUGUGUGGCCAUCUGGUGGAGGCCCAACUUUGAGACCAUAAUGUAUCCAUAUUGUCCUCCUCACAUCACAAAACCUAAGGAGUGCAAGAAGCUUUUCCUUGUUCACUUGUCUGAGAAAGAGUACUUUGCAGUACCAAAAAAUUUGAAACUACUUGCUGUACCAUUGUUUGAGCUUUAUGAUAAUGUUCAGAUUUCAAAAACUUGGUAUAGGGGAAAUGGAGAAUGAACUGUGGAUCUGUGGCAAAUUACUCUUGAGAUAUGGACCAGUCAUAUCAACCAUUCCUCAGCAGCUUUCUAGAUUCCAGUUCAACAUGAUUACUACCUGACUUUGGCAUGGAUAUCAAGAGGGUGAACCUAUGACUUGUGUCCUGACAGCUACAUCCUGAGAAUAUUGUGUAGGCUUCAAGAGCUGUAGUAUGAUGGUAUUUAAUGACAGACUUCUGUGUUACUUGGGUUUCCUAAGUUGAUUAAGAUGAUUGGAACGUAACAUUAUGGCAAACUCCUGCACUUUAAUUUAGUUACAAACCAUUUUAUUUGUUUUUA